AUGAAGUUCAACAAGAACUACGAUUUAUCGAAACGGACAUUCGUGAGAUCAGAUGCAUUUGAAAAAGUCAAACGAACAUUACCAUACCCUUCGAUUCUGAGUAGUAUAAGAGAGACUGAACAAGUAACAAAAGCAACAUCACGAUUAUUGCAAGUGGCAACAACGAAUGAACUAGAUAAUGAUGUUGUUGUUCUACGACUAAAUUCAUCCACGCGACCUUCUUCUGUGUCACUAACAGCAGCUAUUCGUCAUUUUCUUGAUAAAGGCCUUCCAUCAUUAACUCUCUACGAAGAGAUUUGCCUCGUUAAUCAAUUGAUUCAUCAUCGAUCAGGUGCAUCAUUAACGUUCACGGACGCUCAGUUGUAUGUUGAACAAUAUGUCAUUCGUAUUGCCUUACGAAAUUUUCGUCAUAAAAUGUUAUACGUCCAAAGUGAUUAUUUCUAUGACUUUUUACUAAAAUAUCCUCAAAUUAUUCUUAAACAUCGCCAAUGGUUUCAAGAUUUUCAGCCGACUUUAAUGCCAACAAAUACAGAUAGAAUUCAUUUGAAAAAAUGGCAAUUAGCAACAAUAUUACACGCUCAUUGGAAUCUAGAGCGACGUUUAUAUUAA